AUGAAGGUGACUGCUGCGCAUAGCAACAACCUGAAGUACCUUAGCCUCGUCACACUCACGCUGCAGAAUGCGAUCCUUGGGCUCAGCAUGCGUUACGGCCGCACGCGACCGGGCGACCUUUUUCUCAGCUCCACUGCGGUUGUGAUGGCGGAGGUGGUAAAGCUGGUUACCAGUCUGUUCCUCGUGUAUUUGGAGGAGGGAAAGCAUCUGGGCCGGCUGCACGCCGCACUGCAUCAAACGAUCGUGAAGCAACCGCUCGAUACGCUCAAGAUCUGCGUACCGUCCAUGCUGUACAUCAUCCAGAAUAACCUGCUGUACGUGUCGGCAUCGCAUCUGGAUGCGGCCACGUAUCAAGUCACCUAUCAGCUCAAGAUACUCACCACGGCGGUGUUUGCGGUGCUCAUUCUGCGCCGCCGUCUACUGCCCACCCAAUGGGCCGCUCUCGUCUUCCUGGUGGUGGGUGUCGCCAGCGUACAGCUGGCACAGACCAGCGAGGACGGUGGUACGGCUGCGACCCGUCAACAAUCAAUGCCACCCGGCGAUGGACCCGCACAGAACCGACUGCUCGGCUUCAGUGCGGCGCUCGGUGCCUGCUUCCUAUCAGGGCUGGCCGGUAUCUACUUCGAGAAGAUGCUCAAAGGUGCAGACAUCUCCAUCUGGAUGCGGAACAUCCAGCUGAGCCUGCUCUCGCUGCCGUUCGGUUUGCUAACGUGUGCGGUAAACGAUGGCGCGCAGCUCGCCGCCCAUGGGUUCUUCUACGGCUAUGAUGGAUUUGUCAUCUAUCUGGUCAUCCUGCAAGCGGUCGGUGGUUUAAUUGUGGCCGUGGUCGUCAAAUAUGCGGAUAACAUUCUCAAGGGUUUCGCCACCUCGCUCGCCAUCAUCAUCUCUUGCGUUGUGUCGAUCUACCUUUUCGAUUUCAGCCUUUCAUUACAGUUUACCGUCGGUGCGGCGCUGGUAAUUGGUUCCGUUUUCCUGUACGGUUACGACCCAGCGUCCAAGGGUGCAAAGUCAAUACUGAGCGGCACACGGACAACGCCCAAGAGCCUAGCCGAGGCGGAAGAGCGGCUGCUUGCGGAAAAGGUUUAG